AUGGCUGCAAGAGCCAAUGCGGAACGGCAGGCCUUGGAAGGCCUUGCUUCCGAGUGGGAGGCAUGCUCGGCUUCCAGACGUCGUUUGUUGCUGGACGGCUACUUGUUAAAGUGGCCCAAGGCCGAACUUACUGGUGUCCCAUCAUAUGCGAGUGCUGCGCUAAACUAUGAAAGUUUGGAACCCCUGUUCCGUUUGUGGGCGGCGAACAUGCCACUUCCAAAGUCGCCGAGGGAUGCCAAUGCCCCAGCUGCUGAAGCUGAUGACGAUGAUUACGAGAACUUGGCAGAUGACCAGGACCCUGAACCCGAGGAGAAUGAAGACGUUGUAGCUUACAUGCACGGACGACUGGACGAUGCAGAUGAGGACGAUGAGCCGUCGACAGAUGCUGUCUUAGCGCUUUCGAAUGAGGCUGAGGGUUCUAGUGCAGAGCCACCUACAGUGGAGGUCCCGGGACACAUAAGCAAUGCAAGGGCUGAGAAUGAGGAUUCCAGUGCAAAGCCACUUACAGUGGAGGUCUCCGGACACAUAGGCAAUGCGAGGGCUGAGAAUGAGGAUUCCAGGGCAACACAAGCCACACGGGUCUCGGGGCACACGUCUGGCAACAGUGCUGUCCUGGCAUCGACGGCUGAAGCAUCUGCGGAACCUGAGUUGAUUCUGUGUUCGGAUGAGGAGAACGAGGCCCCUAAACGUCCUGUUCCCACGCCGCUUCGAGCUAGGGCUUUCAUGGCUAUGUCAAAAGCCGAACGCCUCAACGAUCUCAAGCAGCGACUGUUGCAGUUGAUCCUUGGCAUGUAUAUGCAAUUGAAGCAGACGAAGGAGGAUCGAGUCGCAAAGACGACCUUCCGCCGCGAUGGUCCCGUCCGUGGUGACCCUAGUCGUGUGGAGACACAAACGUACGACAUCGAAGCCGUUGCCGAGCGCUGGCAGAACGCCGGCAGCGUGGAUGGAGAGUUGGUGGACCUGGAAACCGAAGCAGCUGCGGCGGCUGCUGAAGUCUUGACAAAGGAAAAACAGGAUGCCAUGAUGGAAGCAACCAAAGCCAACGAGGAUGCAAAGCCAGGUCACGGGGGGGGAGGUCGUGGAAGGGGGGGCAGAGGAAGGGGUGGACGAGGACGUGGAAAGACCCCCUUAACUGCUGAUGAUGAGGAGGAGGCGGAGCCCGAGCCGACCGAAGCCAAGCCAUCCAAGAGGACCAAGAAUGCAAAGAAGCAUGCGUCGGAGCCAGCCGAGCCAACCGAAGCCCAGCCAACCAAGAGGACCAAGAGGACCAAGGAUGCAAAGGAGAGCGCACCGCCUACCGAGCCAACCGAAGCCAAGCCUGCCAAGAGGACCAAGGAUGCAGAGGAGAGCGCAUCGCCUACCGAGCCAACCGAAGCCAAGCCCGCCAAGAGGACCAAGGAUGCAGAGGAGAGCGCAUCGCCGGCCGAGCCGAAGGAAGCCAAGCCCGCCAAGAGGACCAAGCAUGCAGAGGAGAGCGCAUCGCCGGCCGAGCCGAAGGAAGCCAAGCCCGCCAAGAGGACCAAGGAUGCAAACGGGAGCGCAUCGCCGACCGAGCCAACGGAAGCCAAGCCCGCCAAGAGGACCAAGGAUGCAAAGGAGAGCGCGCCGCCUACCGAGCCAACCGAGGCCCACGCACCCAAGCCGAGGAGAGGCCGGCCACCCAAGGCCGGCGGGACCAAGGAUGCAGAGCCCCCCAAGCCCAAGAGGAGCACACCAGCGAAGGAUGCUGCUGAGCAAACCGAAGCCCCAAAGGCCAAGAGGACCAGAACCAAUGUUGCAAAGGAGAAUGCUGAGGCUGCCGAAAAGGAGGCCAAUGCAUCAAGCAGUGCCAACUCCGAUAAGAAAGCCCAGCAGGCCCGCCGCAAAGCUAUCCGAGAUGGCCUGGACAUGCCUGUGUAUUCGUUUGUGGAUAUCGACUUCUACUGGAGUCGCAACGGCAUGGGUGUGAAACUUCGCAACUGUGCGAAUGUGGAGGAACAGGGAAAGCAAGUUCUCUACUUGGGCUACAAAGGUGUUGCCGAGCACACUGCGAUGAUCACGAUGUGGAAGUUUGCAAGACCAGCUGAUCUCGUUGAAAAGGCAAAGGGCCACCUGACGCCAGCACUCGUGGAGAAGCUGGCAACGAUUAAGGAGGACUUUGCAAACAGGUCCGAGGUCCACACGAUGCCCUUCCUCAUGCACGCCGUGAAGUUCGGCCAGAACAAAAGAGAUGGUGCGCCCCCUCCCGCCUGUGCAGUAAGGUUUUGA